AUGUACGAAGACACGGCAGAUGCAUUUGAUAUCGAUAACGAUUUCUUCAAUGCUCUGGCGUUACUUCAUUCUACGGAUGACGACAGCGCAGAGAAGCUCCGUAAAAUGCUAGACGCAAUUAUCGAGAGGAAAUACGGUUUUGACAAGACUUUAAUGGCAAGGAUGCCACAGAAAUUUGUUCAAAACGCAGGAACUCGUGGAACAUCGUUUUCAAACGACAAAUCGGAAAAAGAGGUUGAGAAGAUACGGAAAAAUGAAAAUAUUUCGACAAAAACGAUGAAUGUACCACUUUUUGUGACUAAUACGAUGGAGACUAAUUGGAAACCAAUAAAUACAUUCGACAACACAGUUGAACCUAAAGUCGAAGAUUACAGCGAAAAAGGAGAUAUUCCGACAAUAUCUAUUCCGGAUGAAGGAUCAGGAGACGGGCUUUUAUGCAAGAUCUGUAACGGCGCAAAGCUGGGACCCUUGAUUCUAUUGGAGUGUCAAGAUUGUCAGGAAGUCUAUCAUCCUUUGUGUCACCAACCUCCCGUUGUUGACAUCGACGUUUACGAUCCCAGAAUCGUGUGGCACUGUAGCAAGUGUACGAACACCGCUUUCAAAAACUGUGGCGUAUCUUUUGAAGAGAGAAAAGUGAACAGAUCUCGUCACCACAGCAAGACAAAUAAAACAAAUGAAGUUUUUGUAGAUAUCGAUAAAUCGAUCAAAAUGGAAGACAGCCUUCCCAAAAAUAAAACGAUCAUCGGCAAAAAAAUUCCAUCUGAUAUUUCUCAAAAAACCAGUUGUGGUAAGGAAGGAACACUGUUCGUAAAGGAUGCUCCGCUAUUAGUUCAGAAAAUGAAGAACAUAUCCUCGAAUCAGUUAAAGAAACGAAUAGGAUCCAAACUUUCAGUAACACGUUCUGUAAUCAAAUAG